ACAAUAUCUGAAAAGAGAAGCGCCAAUGUACGUGAUAGGUCAUCAUAUAUGUGUCUCUUGUAAUGAAUGGGCCGGGCUGUGAAAGGGUUCGUGCAGGAUGAGGCCCAGCCGGGGCAGUCAUAAAAGUUUCGCCAUUCUCUCGUGAUCCCCCUUCUUCCCCAGAUAAACUCGAUCGAUCUUGUUUUUUCCUUCCUACUCUAAAGAAGCUAGUAAAAGCUAGACUUGUCGAGAGAUAAAAAAGCAAAAGGAUUCUUACCAAUUACAUGCGUGCCGUUCUUCGCAAGGAUCCUUCCUCGCUUGCAGCGAUCACGACAAUCCCUGGUCUAGAAUAAGCCAAAUCGAACGACAUUCUGCAACUGCGGAAUUGAGGAUGGAUGGCAAACACGACAAUUCGCCCGACGAGAACAAUGGGGUUAUUAGCCUCAGCAAUAGCCCGGAGAGUACUAAUGACGCCGAUUCCAAGGAUCCUCAUGUGUGGCUUGUUGGCGGCGGUAUUGCAUCUCUUGCCGCCGCGGUCUUUCUGAUUGAAGAUGCAAAAGUUCCGGGUGAUCAUAUCCACAUUCUCGAGGCAUCGGCGAAAGCUGGUGGAUCAAUGGCGACGUUUUCGAAGCCAUCAUGGGACACGGGAUAUCGAGUAUCUGCGAUUCGCAAGAUGAGUCUCACUUAUCAUUGUUUGUAUGGGAUGUUGGAAAAGGUGCCGUCGGACGUUGAAGGCGAGACACUCGCAGCCAAAUUACACCGGUUCAAUCAGGCAAGGAGGAAGCUCGGCGCAUCGGGAACGAGAUUGGUGAGACAGGUCAUUGACGACGAUGGAACUGAGAAACCGGAGGCUGUUGAUGUGAGCACAAUGGGCUUGAGUGUCAAGAACCAGUGCGACUUGAUGAGGGUGGUUCUCGAAACGGAAGAGGAGCUGGAGGGUCUUGAGAUUCAGGCUUUAUUUGAACCAGACUUUUUCGAGACGAACUUUUGGGAUUUAUGGUCGUCGCUCAAUCGGUUCCAUCCCUGGUGUAGCGCGGUUGAGUUCAGGCGGUGUCUGCAUAGGAUGUUGCAUGAGUUUCCCAAUAUGGGGACAUUAUCUGGCGUGGAGCAGGCUCCUGAGGAGGACUUCGAGGCGAUUAUUAAGCCAUUGACGCAGUAUCUGAAAGCGAUGGAUGUUGAGUUUCGGCAUGGUAUACAAGUUAGCAAUCUGGAAAUUGAGGAUGUUGGUUCUGACUUUCGAGUAUCCGCCCUGAAAACAUACCAAGACAACAAGCAUGUCUUAAUACCAACUGGGCCUGAUGAUCUUGUACUUCUAACCCUUGGCUCCCUCACAUCUGGAAUGGGAUACGGCACAAAUGACCAACCGCCUCCGACAAUGGAGCUUCGCGAUUCGGCACCUCACGAGCUCGACCCCUCGUGGACCUUCUGGGAUAGACUUGCGAUGGAUCGUCCCCAGACGUUCGGCAACCCUGAAGCAUUCUUCGACCGACCCUCAAAGUCAACAUGGCUCUCCUUCACCGUCACACUUCGCGACCCAGCAUUCUUCGAGCACUUACGUACCUGGACCGGCACACUAACAGGUGCUGUACCACUAAUAACCUUCCGCGACUGCCCCUGGAUGCUCUCACUCACGAUCCCGCAACAACCAUAUGUCAGAGAUCAACCCUCCGACGUUUUUGUAUUCUGGGGUUACGGCCUCUUCCCAGAUCAGCAAGGCCGCUACGUCAAAAAACACAUGCUCGAAUGCACCGGCGCUGAAAUCCUCACCGAGCUUCUGCACCUCAUGGCUUUUCCCCUCCAACCCACCCUCGAGCGCUCCAUCACAAUUCCCUGCCUCAUGCCGUUAAUCGGAAGUCCAUUCUUGACACGUAAGAAGGGCGAUCGACCAAAGGUAAUACCCGAUGGGAGCAAAAACUUGGGUUUGAUGGGGCAGUUUGUUGAGAUUGAGAGGGAAGUGACGUUUACGAUGGAGUAUUCGGUUCGGUCGGCGCAGUUGGCUGUUUAUGGGCUCAUGGGGUUGGAUAAGAAACUACCGGGGGUUAUGGGUGAGGAUCAUGCUGUGUUAACGUUGGGGAUGGCGUUGAAGACGAUGAUGACUUGAGGGGAGUGUAACUGGUUCGGAAAUGGCGUUAGGAAAAGUAACAAAAUGGUGGGAGGGAUGGGAUAUGCUUAGCUUUAUCGUAUGUAUAGUAGAACAGGACUCAGAGGUCUUUUGAUAGGGAAAUGGAUGCAUUGACUUCUUCAAAUGACCGCAAUAAGGUGGAUGUUUGCUGCAACUAUGGCUGCAGUAUUUGCAGCUAAGAAAGGCAAACCUUAGGCCCCAAUUAUAAACAAUGAAAGGCUUCAG